CCGAGGCUGCGGGGGGAGGCGAGUCCGCCUCCUCCGGGACUCGUUAUCCCGGGUUAGACUCGCAUCGGAACAGGCCCGUGGGCGUGGCCAUGGGGCAGGUUGAACGGGAGUGAACUCGGGUUAGCUGCGAUUGUGCGUCCGUUCGGACUUACCAGGGAAGACCCGGGAUCAAAUGUCGUAUCCCGAGAUAAAAUGGUGAGAUACUGAUAUUUAAAACCAGGCUGCUGACUUCAACAUUGUAUGGUGAAAGUGAAUUAGAGGAUGCUGAGUUUGAGUAGAUUACUUCUGCUGGUAACCCUGAUAUUUGGAUCAUGGAACAAAGGGCAAAUAGCAUUGUUAAUAACAAAACAGGAGCCUACCCUGCGGCAUAUUCUGCAACAGACCAAUCUAAUGGAGUUAACUGUUCCAUUUCAGACCAUACAUGCUCCAGGAGUUUUUCAGAAUUAAACUUGCAAGAAGAAAGCCUGUCUUGUUUAAGUUCAUCAGUAGAUGCAGAACUUGAUAACUAUAAUAAAAGGAGAGAGUGUGUUUCUAAUAUUUGUGGCAACAAAAAUGGAAAUGAAGCUUGUGUGUUAGGAGAGGCCUGCAACAAUAUACAUUUCAGUUGCAAGGAGUGUGAUGACUACAGACACAAAAACGAGACAGAUGAAGACUCACAGUUAGAGUACCAUAGUGCUGAAGAGCAAGACUGUUAUGAUCAAACUACCUCAUAUAUGUCUUUUGAGCAUGAGAAAACUUCAGGGAUCCAGAAUUUGGAAGUUUUGGAGUUGGUAAAUCCAAUUUGUAGAGUUACAGCUGAUGGAGAAGACCCUUUUGCCUCUGGACACAGUACGAUUGAAGAAUUUUGUAAUGAAGUAGCUGUACCAGAACUCCCCCAAAUGUUUGUUCAAGACUCCAUACCUCUGGUGGAUUAUAAGGGUGUGAAAUGUGAAAAUGAACAAACCAAUGAGAUGUAUCAUAGCACUCUUUGUGAAAAUUCCUUUGAAAGUAAUGCUUGUGGGAGCACAGCAAGGGCUUAUCAAACAGCACUUCAAGCAAACAGUUUAGAAAAUCAAGACAAGAUAAAGCAUAUUCCUGUUUUUGAUAAUGCCCGAUCAGCCCCAAAAGCUAAAGAACAGGAAGUACCUAAAAAGAGAGAUGGCCUCAAUCACACAUUGCUGAAGCAGGGAAAUCCUUGCAUAUUACCCUGGGAAACAUCUGUUGUAACAUCCACAUGGAUUUCUAGCAAAAAUACAGAAGAUACAAGUUCUUAUAUUUGUGAAGAAUCAUUUCUGUCUGCGUUUGAUACUGAUUGUGAUGGUUGUACCCAAAAGAUUGUUGAAGCCAAAUUCAGUUUUUCAUCUGCAGCCUCCAGAAUUCCAGUGAGAGAAAGUAAUUUGUCUAGUGUAGAAAUCAGAGACAAAUCUGCUGGGGAUAGUAUGAUGAGGGGUUCUGACUUAGAACAAAACUGCCUCAUCUGCUUGAAUAAGACCACAUGUAAUCAUAAAGUAACCAUUAACCAGACUGUUGAUGCAAGUUCUGAUUUUAGGGCUUGUUUUACAACAAGCAGAGCUACUAAUGCCAAGGCUUCUGUGGCAUCUCGGGCAGAUAACACAGAGAUAACAAUGAUGAAUAAAACAAGGCCCAAGGAGUGGCAAACUGAGAACUAUACAAGUGUUGCUUGUAAUACAGAUUUGUCAUGCAUACACAGCAACAGAGAGGAGAUUAUGUCAAAGCUUGCUGAGACAGGAGUAAAUGGUACUGAUACUUGUAUCACAACACCUGAAUGGAUUUCCCAAAUUAAGGAUCCUCUGAAGCUGAAAAAUAAUGUGCAUAUUGGAGAAACGAAGGGAAGCCCUGAGAGGAUGUUGCACCUAACCACAGAAACGGAGAGUUGCUCAUCACACUGUUGUAAGAAAAUGCUGCAGAGAGCUAUAAAAGCAGAUUUGCAGCUUCUACAAACUCAUUACUGGAUGUGCCGUCAGCACUGCUGGAAGAUUUACAAACUUGUUACAGAGGAAAAAGAGUGUUUUAGCAGGAAUUUAAAAAGUGACUUUGUCAACUUAGUGUCUGCUUUUGAAGAACUGAAAGUUAGGUACAAAAAUAUGAGAGAGAAAUUAGUAAGGGGCAUACCGUUAGAUGCCUUGCCCCCGUUAUCAGUAGAGUCCAAAUUGCUCUCCAUCUUUUCUUCUUACAUUCCAUCCAAGUUAGUAAGUGAAGAUCUUCAUUAUGAUGUUGAGCCAGGGAACUCAGAAAUGGAAACAUUAAAACUUAAAGAGACUGAAACAUCCACCAGCUUGACAGGAGCACCCUCUUCUAUUGCUUCUCAGAAGGUGUGUUUACCAGAUAGCCGUAAACUUAAAAGUAGGACCUUUGAAGAAAACUAUAAAGAUGAAGAUGUAGAAAAGGAUUUAAGAAAAAGUCAAGAACUAUAUGGACACUGGUUUGAUGCUAAAGAAAACUUGACAGCAACUGAUCUUUUAGUAACACUUCAGGGAAGUGCAAAGGAACAAGGAAAACUAGAGAGAGUGCGUACAACAGAAGUAAAGACAGUGGAAAGUAGAAGAAUUGACCCAAAUAAGCAGUAUUUUAUUUGUGUGAGUGGCUUAAGUCCUUCAGUAUCGGAGGUUGAUCUUAGGUCUCAGUUCAGUAAGUAUGAGGUUUCUGAGGUUUCAAUUUGUGAGGAUCCUAAUCAAUACAGAUAUGCUUUUCUUAGCUUUAAGAAAGCCAGUAAAGCAAAGUUGGCUGUGGAAGAAAUGAAUGGAAAAGAAAUAAAAGGAAAAGCAAUCAUUGUUUGCUGCACAAAAACUGCAGAAGAAAACGUAUCUCCAGCUUAUCAAAAGCUCUCAAGUCCACCAUUCUGUAAAAACCAAGUCACUAAUAGUGUGCAAAAAAAUGCUGAAAAUACAUAUCCCCCCUCCACUUCCUUGAAAGUGCCAGUCACCACUUCUGCCUCUGUAAGAGGGUGUGCUCCUCCUCCUACUUGUUCAAAAGUUCCUCCCCUGAUCCCCACAAAAGUACUCAGCUCUUUAAAACCCCAUACAUGUCAAUCAGUUGCAGUUACUCAAAAGACAAUCAGAGGGGAUCUUCUGAAGGUAAAAUCUGUUCAGUUCUUUCCUGAUCCAUCUGCCACCUUUAUGCCUCCUAACACAUUGAAUUUGAGCAGUUUUACCAAAUUAAUGAAGAAACUGCAAGAACUGCAUCCAGAGGCUAGCAGAAAUGAUAUUGUGGAUGCUUUACUGGAAGUGAGAACAAAUAAUAACGGUUUUCUCAGUGGCCUGUCUAUUAAUACUAUUGUGGAAAUGGCUUCCUUGGCUCUGAGGAAAAAUACAGGACAGUAUAAGAAGAAGUAGUACAGAUAGCUUUGCAAGUAUGGGAACA